UAGGGGAGUAGUUGUUUGCGUAAAAUCUAAUUAAAAUAAAGUCUGUUUUUCUAUCAAUUCAAAGAUACCAUCAAUGAGUGAAAACUAGAGUUUUUUAGUAGUUACCUUACAUUUCACAUUGCAACACAAAUCGUUUUGUGUUCUCGGUUCUGCGAUGUAAUUCGAUUACAAUUCAAUUGUUGCUGUUAUCUUUCUGGAUAGUAAAUAAGAAGUUAUUUCUCAUAAACAAUGCAAUGAUGACGAUUUACGUUUAUACUUAUUUCAAUUUUGUUAAGUUCGUUUUGUGACAUCAUUAUUUGCAUCCAGGAAAAGGUUGAAGGAGCAAAAAUGUCACCGUUAUGGAAGAAAACACAAUAGGUCUUCUGUGAAAUGGGUGGUUCGGUUAGCCAAGUGUUCCAAUCGGGAAGUGCACUACUGACUAACGGUCACGGACACAAAGUUUCAGAUUCGACCAGACAGAAAAUUCAAACGAUUUUCGAUGCCCUCACUGCGAAUCCUAAAAUUGGGGUGCAGAGAUUGGAAGGAUUGCUUCUUCAAAUUCCAAAGAAUGAAAACAUUCUAGCAAUUCACGACGAAACAGGCUACAAUUUAUUACAAAAAUGCGUCGGUGCAAAUAACGUGGAAUUAGUCCGUUGGUUAUUAGCUCGACACAGUGCUGCUGAUGUGAAUAGAUUUCCCUGUAGCUUACCUCUGCAUAUAGCUUGCUUGAAAGGUCAUGAAGAAUGUGUAGAGCUUCUUUUGAAACAUGGCGCGAAAAUCGAUGUUGAGGCCAGAAUGUGCUGGCCUGGUCCUCAUAGUAGUAAUUGUGAGGAGAGAGGAAAAUAUUGUGCAACAAUUCAGCAAGAAGAAAGCUGCAUAGAAAGAGACUCCAGAGACAACAGACCUCCGAGUAAGCUUCAGUCUGCAAUUUAUUAUGCUUUGGACGGUGAUCAAGUACAUACCCUCGUUAUGUUAGCACAGAGAACUGAAGACCCUUGGAAUGGAAUAUUUCGUGCUAGAAAACCUCUAUUGCAUGCAGCUUGUGAGCGUAAGGCAUGGACUUGUACGGAAUAUUUGGUGCAAGAACGCACUGAAGAAAUUCACAUUUUGAAAGACGAAUAUUAUCCUAUACAUUAUGCUGCUUCGAACGAUUUGAAGUUUUUGGAGCUGCUUAUUGCUGCAGGUGCUGAUACCACUGUUCGGACUUGUACCCAACAGAUGACGUUACUUCAUGUUGUUCUUCUUGUUGCUCACAAAUCCGCCGAAGAUACAAUAGCCACCAUACGCCUUCUACUAGAACAUGGCUGCAAAGAACUCAUAAAUGCCCCAGACAGCUUAGGCAACACACCAUUGCACGCCCUCAUAGUACGUUAUGCCCUAGAAGAGGCCCAGUAUGGGUACGAUAAAUGGAACAAAUGGGACGUGUUGCAUUUGGUGAGGUACCUCAUCCAGGCUGGUGCCAAACAAUCCAUAAAUCAUUCGGGAAAUUCGGCCUUGGCCUGCGUGUUGAGGCACGUCAGAGACUGGGACGUAUGCUACGAGUUACUUAAUAUGUUAUUGCAUGAAGAUGGUAAUCCAAAUGAAGUUGGCCGAGAUGGCUCUGUUCCCUUGAUGGUAUGCUUGGUACCGUUAAUAAACAAGGACCCUUUGCACCAUUUCACCCACAAUAUGAAAGUUUGUUAUUUAAACUGCAUCAGAAUCCUCCUGGAAAAAGGUGCCAAUCCAAACUGUAGUUACCGAGCUAAUCUCACACCGUUGCACGUGUUAGUGUUUACAGUAUCCGAAAACAUUACACUAAAUUGUGACGUGCAAAAGCAAGUGAAUUUUGAGUUUAUUAAGAAUCUAUUAAUCUUACUAUUAACACAUCGUCUCGAUCCUAAUGUGAAAGUCAGUACACGUACGCAACAUAUUUUACAAUCUUGCAUGGACAUGAUACAAAAUGUACGAGACUGUAAAGAUAUUCAUUAUGUGUACGAUUUAACAUUAACAUUAAUUCAAUAUGGAGCAAAUCCUGAUUUAAUACUAAGCAUGUCGGAAGCAAUAAAAAAUCACUCGUUACACUCGCAGAGCAUUUGGAAAACCAAAAAUUACAUUCUCUAUUAUUACAUAAUGUUAAUAUCACGUAAAGAAAACUUAAUAAUGGAUCCUAAUAUGACGUUUUCCAAAAUAAUCAUGCUACUUUAUUUUGUAAUGCAACACAAACCGUUAUUUGAGUGUUUGAAAAUUUUGCACACUCAACAGUUAAGUUUAGUUCCUGGUAAAAUGACAGAACCUUUAACAUAUAUUAUAAGAGACUUGUAUAGCAGACCAAGAACUUUGAAGCAAAUUUGUCGAGUUAGAAUUCACAACUGUUUGAGUCGCAGACCUGGAUUGUUUUUAAAUAAGUUAAAUUUACCAAAUCAGUUGAAGGAUUAUUUAUUGAGUUUUGAUCCGUGAGGUUUUUCUUUGACGACAUAAUAUUAUAUGAUGUAGGAAGAAAGUUCAAUUUUUAAAUUUGCACUGUUUUUCUACAUCCUGUGUUGUUAUUGAAAAUUGAAUUGUUGUCUAUUAAUGAAAAAAAUACUGUUAACGUUAUUGUUAUAUAAUUUUUUAUACUUGUGAUAUUCGAUUAAAUUAUAAUAGGCUAGACCUCAAUA